AUGGCCGUCACGGGCGACGUCUAUAACUCGACCGAGAAUUUGAUUCUGGCGAAGCCGCGCAGGCAUUUCCGGGCCGGCGUUCGCUGGCAUCACUGGCAAUUGCGGUCUCUGCUCGGGACUGACGGCCAGAAUGUCGUCUAUUUCCCAGUUGGCACCGAUCAGCGAAAUGUCCACGUCCAGCGCUUAAACACCAAGACGCGGGAGACCGAGAGUGUCAAGAAACUGAGCUUCAUGCCCAGGUGUCUGGUAGCUCGAAAAGGCUGGGUAUGCUGCGGGGGCGAGUUGGGCCAGUUCAGUGCCUUUCGAGUAGGGGAAGAGGCCGGAAGGGGAAGUGACCUGCAACCGGACGAUCGCCUUCCCUUGUCCUUGGACCUCCCAGAAGCCAUUUCCUCGUCCCUCGCCGAAGCCCUCUCCGACAAGAAUAUGGUAGUGCGGAGCAACGUCUUUGGCAAAGAUCGGGUUAAUUGCAUUACCCUCUGGUUCCCGCCCAUGCUCGGCGAAGCAUGUGAAGGGGCAUACGAUCAGGAUGUUGCAGUGCUGGCCAACAAUGACAGCUCCGUCGUUGUGGUCAGCCUCCGGGACCAGGAAACUUUGGAUAAGAUCCAAUAUCCCGACUACAUGAACCGCGGCGUCAUAUCUCCGGAUGGGCGGGUUCUCAUUGCCAUUAGCGACGAUCCCUACCUAUACAUACACGAGAGGAGAGAGAAGAAAGGCGAGUCGGGGAUAUCUUUCCGGGUUGCUGACCGACCCCUCUAUGAAUGGGCUCCUUGCGGUAGAAUCCAGCUGAAAAGUCAAAGCAAGGAUGACCGGUCUGAUAGCAGAGGAAGCUUUGCUGCCUGCUUCUCUAGCACGGGAAGAUACCUUGCUGUCGGAACCCAAUAUGGGACUAUUUCAAUAUUCGACACUGCGGCCUUGAUCAUACCCGGAGUGGAUCCAUUACUCAUGACGUUCACCACGUCGCGACCGAAUGCAGAACAUGGCGCUGUGAGGGACAUGGCCUUUUCUCCCGGACCUACUGACCUUCUGGCCUGGACCGAAGACCGAGGCCGCGUAGGCAUUGCGGAUAUCCGCACAGGUUUCGACUCCCGGCAGAUACUGUAUCUCGACAGGGAUGAUGACUUCGAGCACGUGGACGUUACGGAUCGAAAUACGAUCGAUCCGCGCCUUCUGGAACGACACGAUCGUGCUGAAGCUUUAUUAUCGAAUCUUGCGGAUACGCUAGAGACCCGACAUGCCGGUCAGUCAGAAGGACAAGAGUCACCAGGGCGUUACAACGUUCCGCUAAGCCCGGAGGAGACUGCCGUCUUGGAGGCCAUACAGGAUUUCCGCAGGCGCCAGGAUCAGUACAACAAUUCAGGUUCGACCAGGAUUGGCAGGGAAAGUAGCAGCAACAACAAUGGUAAUGGCGGUAGUGGCACCGGCACCAGUACGCGGUCACCUUGGGCCGAGAGAGCGACGCGCUCAGCACUGACACCGGAUAGCGCCAGGCCGAGAGAGCGCACGGCAAGCGUGAACCAAGCGGUCAACGAGAUCCUGGACAAUAUUCGCGACCAGAGAGAGCGUAUCCGCGACAGUCAGGAGCGUAUGCGGGCAAGAGGAGAGGAUUACAUCACAACUGAAAGGCGCCGGUAUGCAGGCAACCCCUUUUCUGGACGUGCGAGCGGCCUGGGGAUCACGGGUUCCGGGAGUAGCGAGCGCCGCGCAGUGAUUUCGCGCCUCAUGUCAAACACCAACCCGGCGUCCACUGGCGGCUGGGAUAACGUUGAGGCUUUGUACGACGACCCCUCACCUGACAGUGGCGAUCCGCCACCGGACCCCCCCGACGAGACCCAGCAUCCACUCUUUCAUUUCAGAUCCUUUGCUGACGCGCAGCGGCGUUUGCACAGAGCGGCCUACCUUAUGCGCGAGUGGGAUGAGAACCCGUCGCGGCGGAUCUUUGGAACAUACACGCCUCAUAUCCGCCCUGGGCCCUACGACACCGCCGGGUUGUCGUGGAGCGAAAAUGGCGACGUCCUGUUCGUCGGCGCCGAGAACGGCAUUUACGAAUUUCGUGUAAAUCUAUUUGAGCGGAAAUUGUCGCCCAGCAUCACCUUAAGUUAG